AUGAAGCUCUCCACCCUGCUCGCUCAAGCCUCAGUGGUUCUGGCCAUUGGCUACAAGUCUCACCAGUACAACUCCAACGUUCCCUAUGCUGUGGGAUACGCGGCCCUGACUGACGAGGGCUUCUGCAAGACUGAACAGCGAAUCUGGGAAGAUUUGGAAGAUAUCCAUGAGCAGGGCGUCAAGGCGGUGGCCAUUGAAGGCGUGACUUGCGACCAACACCAACAUGUGGUCCGACUGGCUUACGGGCUGGGACUCAAGGUGCACGUUUCGUUUCCCGUCACCAGAAGCGGCCUCGAGUCGGCGUCUCUGCAAAUGAGAGUCUUUGUGGACUCGUUCAACUUGUCGCCCCACUGGAACGCUGUGGAGGCGGUGGUGGUGGGCAAUUCUGCCAUCAAAAACGACCACGCCGGCUGGAUGGAUCUCGAAAACCUCACGUGGAACCUCAAGGCGGCUCUCAAGAAUGCGGGCUACGGUGGACUCAUCAGUAUCGCCGAGCCUGCCGAAACGUUUGAGAACUUUCCUCUGCUGUGCAGGUCGGACACGAUCGACUUUGUCUCCGUCGAGGUCUGGCCCUACUACCAUCCCCAGUACGCCCAUCGAGACUCUGGUCUGCUGGUGGCCCGGGAAAUCUUGAGAGCCGAACGAGCCUGCGCUUUCAAGUCUGUGUUUGUCACCUCCGCAGGCUACCCUUCUUCUGGAAUCACCAACGGCAACCAAAUUGCGUCCAGAGAUCGACAGGAGCAGGCCGUCAACCUGAUGCUGGCCCAGACUCGGGGAAACAUCACGCUGCAGACGUACUUCAACGAGCCCUGGAGAGAAGAGGGUCAGUUCAAGGACCUCCAGUACUACGGAAUGCGUAAGGUGAUUCAGGGAGGCUAUGAUUAA